GGGUUCUUCGUCAUCCCCUCAUUCUCCUCUGCCUCGCUGCAGCCAUGUUGUCCAGUCUUCUCUCCUCCAUCUGUGCCUCCUUCUCUCCACCCAUCCUCCUCCUCUUCGUCGUUGUUGUGGUGGUCUUCUUGUCUCUGGUCUUUCAUCAGUUUGUUCAUGGCACCAAACCUCGGAACCCCACCAGCCUGUCUUGGGGCUCCAUCCCCUGCCUGCCUCACCUCCCGGUCCUCGGAAGCCUCCCCUGGCUGGGAGGAGGCCUUCCUCCGUACCUCCUCUUCACUCAGCUGGCUCACAGGUAUGGACCUCUUUUUGCGCUCUACCUUGGUCCUCACUACACCGUGGUGGUGAACAACCAUCGACACGCCAGAGAGGUGCUGCUGCAGAGGGGCAAGGACUUCGCUGGACGUCCUGACAUGGUCACCACCAACCUGCUGACCCGAGGAGGCAAAGACAUCGCCUUUUCAGACUACACUCCUCUGUGGAGGUUUCACCGGCGCCUUGUCCACAGCUCCUUCACUCUGUUUGGAGAGGGAACCAGCCGGCUGCAGGACAUCGUUUUGUCCGCGGUGGACAGUCUUUGUGUGGAGUUGUUGUCUUAUGGGACCCAGGCCUUCGACCCGUCUCCUGCCAUGACCAGAGCCGUCACCAACGUGGUGUGCACGCUUGUGUUCGGCAGCACCUACAGCCACGGAGACAGUGAGCUGCAGGAGGUGAUCCAGUACAACAACGGCAUUGUGGAGACCAUCGCCAGGGGAGGACUGGUGGAUAUCUAUCCCUGGAUGAAGCUCUUUCCUAACAGGUCCCUCAGUAAACUGAAGGCAUGCAUCACUGUCAGAGACCGACUGCUGAGCCGGAAGCUGGAGGAGCACAAGGCAUCACUGAGUGAUGGUGAUCCUCGUGACCUCCUGGAGGCCUUACUGCAGGGUCAGACAGGCAGUGGGUGGGGACAGAAGUCAUAUGGGUCAAAGGAAGAGGGGAUAACAGACGACCAUGUCCUGAUGACAGCAGCUGAGGCUUUUGGAGCUGGUGUGGAGACGACGUCCACCACUCUGCUGUGGAUCUUGGCCUACCUGCUGCACCACCCUGAGGUCCAGGAGCGUGUGCAGAGGGAGCUUGACGAGAACGUGGGCUGUGAGAGAGCAGUGAGUGUGUCGGACCGUGGCCGGCUGCCAUACCUGGACUGUGUCAUCAACGAGGGCAUGAGGAUCCGACCAGUCAGCCCGGUUCUGAUCCCACACACUGCCAUGACCGACAGCAGCAUUGGAGGUCACGCUGUACGUCAGGGGACCCGUGUUUUGGUCAACAUGUGGUCGAUUCAUCAUGACCCUCAACACUGGGACAAACCAGACUUGUUUAACCCAGAUCGUUUUCUUGACAACCAAGGUCAACGUGCCACACCCUCUUGUUUCCUGCCAUUUGGGGCGGGACCUCGAGUAUGCGUCGGAGAAUCAUUGGCCAGACUGGAGCUUUUCCUCUUCCUGUCAUCUCUGCUCCAGCGAAUGAGCUUCAGGCUGCCAGACGGGGAUUCCCCACCUAACUUGCAGGGGCGUCUGGGCGUGGUCUUGCAGCCACUGCCUUAUGAGGCUCUAGUUUUUCCACGCCCAGGAUGGGAGGGUGGGGUUAAAUGACAAGGGGCGGGCUUACAGCGAAGGGGGGGAAAAAACCACCUUUUCGUAACUAUUUACCGAAGUCAAACUGUAUGAAGAAUAUGAGGCAAUAUUAUUAACAUUUUUAGAUUUACUUACACUGUUGCUUACAACUACAUUGAUCAAACAUUUUAUUCAAAAAAUACAUGCUUAAUGCUAACCUAGCAGGACAUCUCUUGCAUUUAUCUCCUAAAUAGAUGUUUUAAAAAAAUCUACCCUUUGUUAAUUUGUAAAAUAUUUCAUAGCAAGACGAAACUACUCAUACCCAGACAACCUGUAAUUGUUUUGCAUCAAGGUUUUCAGCCACCCCUGUAAAACCUGUAACAUUCCUGCAUUUAAAUUUGCUUCAUAUUUAAUUAAAUCAUAAUCCUCGUUGUUCUUUA